CGUCGGUUCGAAACCUUCGGAAGGACCCUCCUCCGGUUCCCCGACACCCUUUUGGGUGCCCCCCGCCGGCGCCGACGGUACUUUGACCCCCAACGCCGCGAGUACUUCUUCGACCGCCACCGCGGAGCCUUCGGCGCCGUCCUCUACUACUACCAAUCCGGCGGAAGACUCCGCCGCCCGCCCGACGUCCCCUUAGAUGUUUUCUUGGAAGAGUUACGCUUCUACCAGUUGGGCGCCGAAGCGGAAGGAAGACUCCGCGAGGCCGAAGGCUUCGGGGUGGAGGUGGCCCAACCCUUGCCCGGUGGAAGGUUACAACGGCAGGCGUGGUUGUUGUGUGAGCACCCCGAGAGUUCGCCGGCUGCCCGCGCCGUGGCCUUGCUCUCCGUCCUCGUCAUCCUCGUCUCCAUCGUGGUCUUCUGCUUGGAGACCCUGCCCCAGUUUCGGGCCGGAGGGGAGGGGUCCACUCAGACCCCACCACCCAUCUCCACCAACAUCAACGCCUCCUCCCCACCAUCACCCCGGGGCGGUUUGACCGAUCCUUUCUUCGUGGUGGAAACCAUCUGCAUCUGUUGGUUCUCCUUGGAGCUCCUGGUCCGUCUUUUAGCCAGCCCGAGCAAAACCGCCUUCUUCCGUAACGCCAUGAACCUCAUCGAUUUGAUCGCCAUCGUCCCGUAUUUCGUCGCUUUGGGGACCGAGUUGGCACGUCAACGCGGCGUCGGCCAACCCGCCAUGUCCUUGGCCAUCCUCCGCGUCAUCCGCUUGGUGCGGGUCUUCAGGGUCUUCAAAUUAUCCCGGCAUUCGACGGGUUUACAGAUUUUAGGACAAACCCUUCGCGCCAGCAUGAGGGAAUUGGGUUUACUCAUCUUCUUCCUCCUCAUCGGCGUCGUCCUCUUCUCCAGCGCCGUCUACUUCGCCGAGGCCGAAGACGCCGCCACCUCGUUCACCUCCAUCCCUCAGGCUUUUUGGUGGGCCGUGGUCACCAUGACCACGGUGGGUUACGGUGACAUGGCCCCCGUCACCGUUGGGGGGAAGCUGGUGGGGUCCCUCUGCGCCAUCGCCGGGGUCCUCACCAUCUCCCUCCCCGUCCCCGUCAUCGUCUCCAACUUCAGUUACUUCUAUCGGCGGGAAUUGAGGGGGGAGGAAGGGGGGGAAUACGCCCACGAGGAGGAACGAGAGUGCACGAGGGCGCACGAGGACAAACGAGGGGGCACAGGGGUGCACAAGCGUGCACGAGGACAGACGAGGUUUGCCCUCAACGCGGAGCUGCGCUUCCACACGCCAGAGGAAUUCUUCCUGGGCUGGGCGCCCGCGCCCUUCGACCUGCCGACCUUUGACCCUCGCCAGCUUGACCCCAAGGCUCCGCUCUAUGACCCCCCUGACGCCCCCCUGCUCUCCACCAACCCCGAGGUGGUGGUGGCCGUUGGCUUCCCUGGAG